AUGGCUGCUCGUGUCACUCCUUGGGUCUGUCUUGCUUUCGCCAGCCUGGCGCUUGCAGGAGUGGUCAAGGGCGCUAAGCUCCGAGCUGGGACAUGCGAGUACAACGGCAUCACAUACUGGGGAGGCGUGACCAUCGAGUCUCUGCCGGAGCAAUGCACUGAGCUCAAGUGCAAGUGGUCUGCCGACGGGAACCCCACGGUGCAGUUGGUGCCCAUCGACGGUUGCAGCUGCACCGCCGCCAGGGCUCUCCCGAGCGAGCAGGAGGACCUCGAGCUCCUCCUCCACGCCCAGACCCGUCAGACCAAGAGCCAGUGUCUGUUCAACGGCCAGCUCAAGUGGGGCGGCGCCGUCCUCGACCGGAUCGACGAAACUGCGUCAAGCUCGUCUGCAAGAGUGUGGACGGCGCGCAGAACUAUCCUGAGCUGCAGACAACGACGGGCUGCACCUGCACACAGCAAUGAAUAUCCGCUCAGUGAGCUAAUACCGUUACGAAUAAGGCUUAUUUUUUCGACAGCAUCCACGACUAGUUCAACCACAACCACGCCAACUACAACCACUUCUACAACUACAACCACUUCAACAACUACACCAACUACAACCACUUCUACAACUACACCAACUACAACCACUUCUACAACUACACCAACUACAACCACUUCUACAACCACGCCAACUACAACCACUUCUACAACUACACCAACUACAACCACUUCUACAACUACACCAACUACAACCACUUCUACAACUACACCAACUACAACCACUUCAACAACUACACCAACUACAACCACUUCUACAACUACACCAACUACAACCACUUCUACAACCACGCCAACUACAACCACUUCUACAACUACAACCACUUCAACCACAACCACACCAACUACAACCACUUCUACAACCACACCAACUACAACCACUUCUACAACUACACCAACUACAACCACUUCUACAACCACGCCAACUACAACCACUUCUACAACUACAACCGCUUCAACCACAACCACACCAACUACAACCACUUCUACAACCACACCAACUACAACCACUUCAACAACCACACCAACUACAACCACUUCUACAACCACACCAACUACAACCACUUCUACAACUACAACCACUUCUACAACCACACCAACUACAACCACUUCAACAACCACACCAACUACAACCACUUCUACAACCACACCAACUACAACCACUUCUACAACCACACCAACUACAACCACCUCAACAACCACACCAUCUACCACUACAACCACACCAACCACAACCACUCCCACUACAUCUAUUACAUCUACGACACCACGAACAACAAAAAUGGCUACACCUCCGACAACCACAGCAAGUACAACAUCAACAACAACCACACCAACUACAUCAACUACCACACCAACUACAACCACUCCAUCAACUACUACAACCACAACCACACCAACUACAACUUCUACAACCAUUCCAUCAACUACUACAACCACAACCACACCAACUACAACUUCUACAACCACUCCAUCAACUACUACAACCACACCAACUACAACUUCUACAACCACUCCAUCAACUACUACAACCACACCAACUACAACUUCUACAACCACUCCAUCAACUACUACAACCACAACCACACCAACUACAACUUCUAUAACCACUCCAUCAACUACUACAACCACAACUACAGCAACUACAACAGUCCUCACAACCCCAUCAACCACAGCCACAGAAGAUGCCACCGUCAAGGCCUGUCAGGAGGAGACGACGACGGAAGGCCCCACAACCACAGUGUCUGUCACUGACACCACUGAGGCUUGUGUCGGCACCGUGUAAUACCCGCGGCCAAGAUGGAGAAGCCUCUAUAGACUAAAUUCAAUACUAUUCUUAAAGAUAAUGUCAGAGAUGUAGACGAAGCUGAUGUACAGAAGAGCUACUUUAGAGAAGGAUGCUGCGACUUUGAAUCGUGAAAUUUAGAUAAUCCGGCUGUAAUCGGAAGCUAAUGGUACUUAUGGUUCCCAACAGGCAAAUAAAAAGGAGGAAAGGCGCCGCAUGGAGGAAUAAGUGAACGAGAAAAAGAAAGGAGUGAAAAGCAAGAGUAAAUUGGUGAAGGAGAGAAAGGGAGAGAGAGUGGAAGUAUAUGAGAGAGAGAGAGAUUGAAUGAAGGGAUAAAUAAAAGUUACAGAAAGAAUGAAUGAGGGAAAGAAACACAGGUAGCGAAAUUGAUUGACUGUAAGGAAGAGUGAUAAAUAUAUUGUAGGAAGUCGUUUAAGAUAAGUGAUGACGCGUUUCUGUGACAUCAAAAAGCCUUAAAACAGUGCUCCUGAAAUUCAGAUUUAUUAGAAGACAGCGAUGGUUUAGGAGUGGAUAUCGUCAAAACUACCAAGCAUAUUAAGUUCAUUUGUAGAUCAAGACCAUUAUAUUGAUAGCAAAGAAUAGGUUUUGAAUAAAAUAAGAAAAUAUUUGGUUCUCGGAUCUGACCAUUAUGUUUAAGCUUUAGGAAUCUAUUGGCGAAUUUUGAAAUCACAGCUUCAAUAAAUGUAUAAGGAUUGGCUAAAAUAAAGAAGCACUCUUGA